UAAUUGACUUUUGCUUCCCUCCUUCCUCCAGGCCUCCUCCUCCUCCUCCUCCUCCUCCUCCCAUGGCGGUUCUGAGAUUGAGAGCAGCGGCGGAAUUAGACCGUUUGGCAGUCCGGAGCUUCCGGUCUUCUUCGUCGUGGUGGAGAAAUUCCGAAACUGACCCCAAGGCGGCGGCGUCGCAGCUACCAUUACAGCGCGACGUGAAGGACAGAAAUGUCCAGUGGGUCUUCCUCGGCUGCCCCGGCGUCGGCAAAGGCACCUACGCGUCCAGACUGUCGACUCUGCUUGGCGUGCCUCACAUCGCCACCGGCGAUCUCGUCCGCGACGAGCUCUCCUCCAAGGGGCCGCUGGCUCAUCAGCUGGAGGAGGUUGUGAAUCAAGGACGGUUGGUUUCGGAUGAGAUUAUAAUUGACUUGCUGUCCAAGCGACUAGAAGCCAGCUCCGCUAAGGGUCUAACCGGCUUUAUUCUUGAUGGAUUCCCUCGCACAAUUCGACAGGCGGAAAAUCUAGAGGGAGUAACAGAAAUUGACUUGGUAGUCAACCUAAAGCUUCGGGAAGAGGCUUUGCUUGCAAAGUGCCUUGGAAGAAGGGUUUGUAGUGAGUGUGGAGGAAAUUACAAUGUUGCCAGCAUUGACAUUAAAGCUGAGGAGGGAAACCCUGCCAUGUACAUGGCUGCACUUCUUCCGCCUCCACAUUGUGCAUCAAAGCUCAUCUCACGAUCCGAUGACACUGAAGAAGUUGUUAAGACACGACUACGUAUUUAUAAUGAAAUGAGUCAACCCGUGGAGGAGUUCUACCGCAGUCGGGGAAAAUUGUUAGAGUUUGAUCUUCCAGGAGGAAUUCCAGAAUCCUGGCCAAAGCUGCUUCAAGCUUUAAAUCUGGAAGACCAUGACGACAAACAAUCUGCCGCAGCAUGAUCUGUAAAUACUGUACCAAUAUACAUUAGACCAGUUGGUUUCCAUUGGGUAAAGCUAGAUCAUUCAUUCUUUGCAUGUCAGGGAAGCUGGUGCAUGUAAUUUAUAAUUUGAAAGGAAAUACUUCAAUUUGCAAUAAGAGCACAAAGAGGCACAUUUCCUUUCAGAGUUGUGUAAGUGGCCAUGGGUCCUGUUUGGCGAGGGUUAAGCAUUGUAAUGGUCAGUCGGGUUGUUUGUUUGAAUAAUAAUUAUUUUUAUGGGCAGCAAGAUUCAGCACAGUGCCAUUUUGCCUAAGAGCUAAUUGGUUACCAGGAGUGAAUCGCAAAACUUUUUUUU